AUGGCUGCUUCGGCGGCAACGGCGAGUUCUUCCCCCGGUUUGUGUCCGAAUUACGCCGUCAUUUGCUCCUUCCUCGAGCGGUACGGAGCGUUGCUGGACUUACCGGAGCUCACUUUUCCUCAGCUGGAGAGAUAUCUGCAGGACACAUCCUCAGUCCCGAAGCUGCUGGUUGAUCUUCACGUCAAGCUGCUGAGGAAGAUCGGCAAGUCGGUGUCAGCAGACAGAUGGGAGAAGUAUCUAGUCAAGGUGUGUCAGGAGUUCAACACAACAUGGGCAUGGGAACUCGAAGAAAAAGGAUACAAGGAGAUGCCGUUGGAGUCCAAGACGGGGAUACUUAAAUAUUUGUGCGAGAGUCAGUUUGAUGAAAAUGUGAAGUUUAAAACCGCCAUCAAUGAGGAGGACCCGGAUAAGAUGCGUCUGCAGCCAAUUGGGCGAGACAAAGACGGGCAGAUGUACUGGUUUCAACUGGACCAAGACGACAACGUGCGCGUUUAUGUGGAGGAGCAGGACGACCUGGACGAGUCGACGUGGAAAUGCAUCGUCAGAGAUAGAAACGACUUGGCUGAGGUUGUGGCUCUGCUCAAGACACAAAUCGACCCUGCGCUGUUGAAAAAGGACGAAGAGCAAAAACAACAAACCAAACCCGACAGUGAAGACGAUGAAGACAAAUCAGAAGACAGCAAAGACUCCAACAAGGCUGCCCGCCCAGUCUCACCAAAGACAGAAAACAGUGAGAAAGUAACACAGAAAGAUAACUUGAAACCAGAAGCGUCUGAGGCCAAAUCGUCCCUGAAUGGCAUCGUCGAAGGCAGAGCUGAAGCGGAGCUCCAUUCAGAAAACGUCAGCGCAAAAGCCCAGAACAUCAAAGAAGAGCCAGUGGAGGUGUCGGACACUAAAACAAGCACAGCAACAAGUGAAGCCGCCCCUGAAACACCGUGUUUAUCAGUAAAGGCAGAAAAGGGAGAGGAGGCCAAGAGGAGCAGUGCGGAGGAGAUCCAGCAGGCUCUGAAGAACGACCAGCAGGCUAAAAUCCCUUUGAAAAAAAGAGGAAUGAAGUUUAGUGAAGACUUUGAAAAAAACAGUGCUAUCAUAGUACAAAUCCCAUCUGUUUCUCAGGUCAAGGACGCUCCUAAAGCGGACGCGACUCCUGAUCAGACAAAGAAAGCACAGAGCGUAAAUGAUCAUGUUAACGGUGAAAUUAAACCUGCGUCAGAGAAAGAUGUCCAGAGUCAAUUGAGCGAGUCACUAAAAGACGCCGCCGUCGACAAAGAGAAGGAGACCGAAGCAGCCGCAGGUAAAUCUGUAGAAGUGAGAGAAAACGACUCCCCGUCCACAGACAAGGAGGGCGCGAAAGAUAAGAAAGACGAAGCCUGCAGUGCACAGAAGAUCAAAGAGGCGGUCGCGUCACAACAAACGGACUCGGAUAAGAAAGAUCCAGCGUUGCAGGUAGAAAAGGAAAGCACCGCAGCAACAGAGAAGAAGGAAGCACACGAGUCUCCCCCGCCACCGAAAGCAGAGUCGCCACCUUUACCUAAAGAUGUAAAUAAUGCACUUGAGAAGUCUUCUAAUCAUGAAAAGUCUGAAGGAGUCAAAGAGAAACCAGCCAAUACAGAAGAGUCUUGUACUGUCGACGAGAAGACCGCAUUAAAGGAACCUGAUAAAACAUUAACAACGGAUGACUCAGACAACCUAAAUUUAAAUCAUGAAGUCACAUCCAAAGAGGCUGAAUCAAAAGAUGCAGGGGGAAAACCAGCCUGUGUAGACAUGGACACAUCAGAGCCCAGUCAGGCUGAAGAAACUAAGACGGCAGAGAGGACAGAGGCUGUAACAGACAUGAAGAAAACAGAAGUUAGUGAUAAAGCUGCUAAAGAAACGGAAACAUCUGAUACUAAUGUAGAAAAAUCUGAUGACUCGGCACCGAAAAAGAAGCCAGACGUCAUUAAAACAACAGAGGCGCAGCCUGCUGGCGAGGGUCCCCCAGAGAAAUCUGAUGACUCUGAAAACACUGUAUCGCCAUCUGUGAUUAAAAAGACAGAGAUGGUAAAAGACGGCGACGAUACAGAGACUCAAGAUGUCAGUCAAACAUCUACUGUCAUUAAAAAAGCCGACAGGCCGUCAGUCAGUGAGAAAUCAGAGGAAACACCCGACGUCAAGGAGAGUGCGGCGUCUUCAGUUGUUGAAAAGGUAGAUAAACCCGAAUCGUGUAAACCUGCCGAGAAGCCCGAUAACAGAAAAGACACAGAGGUGACUCCAGAGAAAACAAGCGCAGCCUCAGAGAAACCUGAAAAGCCUGAAAAGAUGGAAAAGCCUGAAAAAACAGAAAAGACGGAAAAAACGGAAAAGCCUGAAAAGAUGGAAAAGCCUCAGGAUACAAAGAAAAGUGUCAACUGUGAAGACAGUACGAUACGUGAUGUUACCAAGAUAAGCGACUUAACGUCAGGGCCAACCGAGGCAGAGGCAGAGGCCGUUAAACAGGAUCUGACAAAGCCACAAGAGGAUGACAAAACUGAGAUGAACUCUGUCGAACAUAAGACGACAGAGGAAGCAUCUGAAGGGAAAGAUAAAUCAUCCAGUCCAGCUGAGAAGACGAAAGCCUCCGAAGAAACUGGUAAAAAAUCUGAUAAAAAAGAGGAAAAGGUGUCUGACAAACAGCCCGAACAAAUCGAGGAAGAGCGUCCAUCAUCAGAAAGUAAAAAGGAUGCUGACAAGGGAGGUGAAAAAGAUAAAGACGAUGAGAAACUUGCAAAGGACAGUGAGAAACACCUGAGUCAAGACAAAGAAAGUAAAGAGGAUUCUACGGUAGAUAAACCCUCAAAAACUGAUAGAGCAAAGAAGGAGAAACAUGCUCGUAGAGAGAGCGAAGCCUCGACCAAAAAGGAGAAAUCCGGCUCCCAAAACGCGAGCAAAGACGCUGACGCCGAACCCCAGGCGGAAACCGAAAAACCGGUCCGCCCCAGCAAAGAACCGUCCGCUGAUAAACCCUCUGACAAGGAAAGCAAAAGCAAAAAUGAAGAAGAGGAGUCUGCGACAAAAAAAGAGGUGGCAAACGGUGGCGGAGCUCCGGCAGGCGCUCAGGUGGAGGGUGUUCGUCGGAGAGUCAAGCCCCCGGCCCACCGAAGGAAAGCUGAGCUUCAUAGAGAGGAGAGGCAGGCGGAUUCAGAGUCCGACACGAACACGGGGAGAUCUCUUCGGAGAUCGCCGAGGAUCUCUAGACCGACGCCAAAGGCCGUGGAGAUCCACGACAGGAAGAUGGAGAAAUCGCAGGCCGCUCCGGCGGCUGAGAAACGCGAGGACAACAAAGCCGAGAAGGAAAAAGACGAGGAGGACGAGGAGGAGGAGGAGGAGGAGGUGGUGAAGGUUGUACAGAAGAAACCAAGAGAGAAAAAGGCGGAUCAGGAGGGUCAAACCAAACCUAAGGGGAGAAAGAGACGGAAGGUCCGGUGGUCCAACACUCGAACGCGCCGUAAAAAGAAAGGCUCUGAAGAUGAGGAAGACAACAGCGACGAGGAGUCCAGCGACGAGGAGGAGAGUGAGGAUGAGGACGACAGCGACGAAGACUACAAGGUCGAGCGGAGCAGAAAGAGGCGGAACCGGAACCGAGAAAGGCGGAGCUCAGACUCCUCGACAUCCUCAGACGACGACCUACCUCCCAACGACGACCCUUGCAAACAUUGUGGUCUUCCAAAUCACCCCGAGCUGAUCUUACUUUGUGACUCGUGUGACAGCGGCUACCACACAGCUUGUCUGAGGCCUCCACUCAUGAUCAUCCCCGACGGAGAGUGGUUCUGUCCACCGUGUCAACAUAAGCAGCUCUGCGACAAACUAGAAGAGCAGCUGCAAAACCUCGACGCUGCUUUGAAGAAGAAGGAACGGGCUGAGAGGAGGAAAGAGCGUCUUAUUUAUGUCGGAAUCAGUGUUGAAAACAUCAUCACGCCCUCGGUGGAGGUAGAGGAGGAAAAGCCAGAGAUCAUAAUCAAAGAGAAGAAAGAAACAAAACGAAGUAAGAGCUGGGGUCGAAGGUCAACGAGGGCGAAGAAAACCAUCAGCUACAGAUUUGAUGAAUUUGAUGAGGCGAUCGAGGAGGCGAUUGAAGAAGACAUCAAAGAAGCAGAGGGCGGAGGAGCAGGUCGGGGUAAAGACAUGGCCAACAUCACAGGCCACAGAGGGAAGGAUAUGUCCGCCAUCCUUCAAGCAGGGGAGGAGGGUAAGGAGAACGGCCGCCCGCCACGACCCAGCGCUGGUCAGCGCAAGAAGAAGCGCCGGCGACUCAAUGACCUGGACAGCGACAGCACGGUGGACGAGGAGGAGAGCGAGGAGGAGUUUCGCCUCAGUGAAAGCUCAGAAGAAGAGUUUGUAGUGUCGGAGAACGAAUCGGAGGGUGAAUCGGAGGCGGACUCCAACGACAGCGACUUCGGCAGCAACGGCAGCGGGAAGCAUCGUACAUCUUCGCGGAGCAAGAAGCCACCGAAGCGGCGACGAAGCUCCCGGAAGCGGCGGAGACCAAGAGGGUACUCGGACGAUGAAGAAGAAGAGUCAGACGAGGAGGAUGAAGAAGAUGAAAUAGUGACUGAAGGCUCCAGUGAGUUCAGCGACAGUGAUCUUGACGUGAGUCGACGGCGGUCUCGGCGGAGUCAGAAGAAGAAGGUGAACUACUGUGAGACGUCGGAGUCUGACGGAUCUCAGGCAGAAACCAACCGGGCAAAAAUGAAACCCAGACGUCGCCAGGACAGCUCAGAAAGCGAGGCGAGUUUCUCUAGAGACUCUGACGAGGAGUCGAGGGAUCAGAGGGUGAAGAGGAGAGCCGACUCCUCAGAGGAAGACUCGCGGCAGCGACGCAGACGUCUUGCACUAAAACGCAGGAGAGCGUCCGAGGACGACGACUCGGACGAUGACUCGGACGACUCGUCGGAGGAGGAUCGUCCCAUCCGAAAGCGGGUGAACCGCAUCGACUCGGACGAUGACGACGAGGAAGAGGAGGAGAAACCAAAGGAGAAGAAAGCAGAGGAGGAGUCAAAGGGAACAAAUCCAUUGGACAGCAAUGUGGUGGAGGUGCCACCUAGCAACGGACAGAGCCCAAUAAAGAGCCUGGAGGGCUUCAUCAGCCGGCCUGCUGCCCCUGCCGCUCCAGGCCUCAUCCCAAAUAUGGAGCCGCCCAAAAACAUCAGCGCCACACCAGCCGCCGCCAUUGCACCAAACGGUCUGGUUGGCCAGGAGAUGGCGACGCAGGAGGAUGACGAAGACGACCUGUUAGGAGUCACAGACCUAGUGGACUACGUCUGCAAUAAUGAACAAUUGUAAAAACAAAAUGGUGUACUGUUUCAUUUUUUGUGGUAUUGUAUUUUUAUAUUGCUUAACUUUAUUAUUCCCUCCCCCACCAACACUUCCUUGUCGUCCUUUUUACUUGUGUCAUCUGGAGCUUGAUUCUCAACAAUCUCCGGCACAGUAAGAACUGGAUCUGUCGCCAGUCGAAUGCUGUCACUGUGGGAUUGUACAAUAAUGAAUACGGGCACCAACUUAUCAAGUCUCAUUAGUUUGGUAAUAAUCAUUUUACCUGCAAACCACCCACAUCAUCCAGCUCCACUGCCAAACCAGCUCCUUCCUCUAGUAACGUGUCACUCAUCAUUUCUCUUGUCUCCUUUUUGUUUUUUAAUUUUUUUAUUGUCAUGUUCAAGAUUUCUACAAGUUUUGCUCCGUUACCCAUCUACAUGUAGGGAAAAUUGGCACUGAAGUUGUUUAUUGUGUAGAAAAUAGUUGAAGAUGUGUUGUUUAUUUGAAUGACUUGGACUUAACGUUUUAUGGGAGUAAAGCAAGGCAUUCCAUAACUGACAAAGUUCUGGGCAUCAAAAUUAAUCUUGGUUUUACCUUUUUAUCCUGCAAAGAUUUCACAUUUUGAUAAAUAUUCUUAUUGGCUUUCUGGCUGUGUUGGAUGAGAAGACUGAUACCGCUCUCAUGUCCGUCUGUUAAAUAUGAAGGUACAGCCAGCAGCCGCUUAGCUUAGCUUAGCACAGUGACUGAUUUUACUUUUGAUUCGGUACAAGGGAGCACCUUUCUACUGGUGAGAGCAGCCACAGCAGGACCAGAGGGAGAACCAGUCUGCUUGUCUGCCUGCUGCGGCUAUGACUUGCUAUGCUAACA